GCUGCGAGGGAGUACUUCGUCACGAUCUUGUCCCAGGCAUGCCUCUGAGAGAAUGGAUCCAGUCUGCACAGUAGACACUUAGAGCGACUACUGCCUCGCCAUCCACGCACUCACAAAGAAGGGUUUCAGCCGCUCUGGCUGGCUGGGUCGACCAGACGGUUGCCAUCUACCUCGGAAUCGCCUCGUGGCUGUGCUUCCACUCCCAUUUCUCUUCCAGCAGUGGCUUUUUGGGCGCUCACUUAGAACUGCAGAAGCUGGAGCAAGGAAAUGGACUCUGUGCUUGUUGAUGAUGUGGCUGUCAGCUUUACCCAGGAAGAAUGGGCUUUGCUGGAUUUUUCUCAGCGGAAACUCUAUAGAGAUGUGAUGAUGGAAACCUUCAGGAACUUGGACUCAGUUUUUCAACAGAGUAAUAAUAAACAAAGGUUGUCCUUGAAGAAUGACUCCUGGUCCUCCAUAAUAGGAGGACUGUAUGGUUGCCGUGACCUCACAGAGCAGCUCUGCCACCAGGGGAACUUGACGAGGUCCCAAGCAUGGCACAGAGAGCAGAAAUCCAGUCUUUGCAGCUGGGGACCUGAGGUGGCCAUCUGACACACUCAUGCAACUACAAAGAAGCAUUUCCAAUACUUUGGUGGACUGCUUGGACAAAACAUUCAUCUGCUUCCAGACUGACUAGUGGCUCUGUUUCCACUCCCAGCCCUCAUACUUCAGUGGUUCCUUAGGCUCAGCGAGAACAUUCGCAUAACCAGAGCCACAAAAUGGACAUGGUGUUAUUUGAGGAUGUAGCUGUAGAAUUUACCCAGGAAGAGUGGUCUUUGCUGGAUGUAUCUCAAAGGAAACUCUACAGAGAUGUGAUGAUGGAAACCUUUUGGAACCUAAACUCAGUUUUCCAACAGGAUAAUAAUAGACAAAAUUUGAGUAUGAAGAACAACUCCUGGUCCUCCACGUUAGGGGCAAUCUGUGAAUUCUAUAGCACUGAAGAUCAGCACAACAAAUGCAGAAGGCUGAUGAGAAGAAAUACAGUAGAGAGGCUCCACACAAGUAAAGAAGAAAUCAAGAAAUGUGAAGUACAUAAUCAAUGUGGAAAAACUCUCAGUUGGACUGCAGAUUUUACUGGAUUAAAUCCUUCUGUGUGGCCUGAUUCCGGAAAAGUCUUCAUGGGCCACACAUCAUUUAAGGAUCACUUCAUAUCUCACACUGCAUAUAAACCUUAUGAUUAUAUGGAUUGUGCAAAAGCCUGUAAUUGCCUCUCUUACAUAAAACUUCAUCCAAGUAUAGUUACUGGAGAGAAACUUGGUGAUUGUGAGGAAUAUGGAGAACUCUGUAAUUUUUCCUCAUCCUUCACUAAACAAAGAACUCACGGUGGAGAGAGGCCUUAUGAAUGUAAGCAAUGUGGGAAAUCCUUUCAUCAGGUUUCUGCCCUCAACAAACACCUAAGUAUUCAUAGUACAGAGAGGCCUUAUGAAUGUAAACAAUGUGGGAAAGCUUUUAGUCAGGUUUCUGCCCUCAACAAACACCUAAAGAUUCAUAGUGGAGAGAGGCCUUAUGAGUGUAAGCAAUGUGGGAAAACCUUUAGUCGAUCUUCAUACCUCAAGAUCCAUGUUAGGACUCACAGUGGAGAGAAACCAUAUGAGUGUAAGGAAUGUCAGAAAGCCUUUAGUCAUGUUUCAGCCCUCAGUAGACAUAUAAGAAUUCACAGUGGAGAAAGGCCUUAUGAAUGUAGGGAAUGUGGAAAAGCAUUUUGCCAUUCCUCAAACCUCACUACACAUCUAAGAACUCAUAGUGGAGAGAGGCCUUACCAGUGUAAGGAAUGUGGGAAAGCCUUUGGUGAUUCAUCAACACUCAUUAAACAUUUACGAACCCACAGAGGAGACAAGAUUUAUGUGUGUAACGAAUGCGGGAAAGCCUUUAGUCAUGUUUCGUCCCUCACUACACAUUUCAGGACUCACAGUGGAGAGAGGCCUUAUGAAUGCACUGAAUGUGGGAAAGCCUUUAGUUAUUUUUCAACUCUCACUAGACAUCUAAGAAUUCACAGUGGAGAGAGGCCUUAUGCAUGUAAGGAAUGUGGAAAAGCCUUUAGUGAUCCAUCAACUCUCAUUAAACAUUUAAGAAUUCACAGUGGAGAGAAGCCUUAUGGGUGUAAACAAUGUGAGAAAGCCUUUAGUCAGGUUUCAGCCCUCAAUAGACACAUAAAAACUCACAGUGGAGAGAGCGCGUAUUAAAGUGUGUGGGAAAGACUAAUAUUUGUUAUUACCUUGAGGAACACAUAAGAAGUCUUGGUGAAAUCUAAGGACUGGAAGAAAAUUUUUAGUUGUUCCUCAUGCCUCAGUGGACUUGGAAGAACUCCCAGAGGAGAGAGGACUGAUGAGUGUAAGGAAUGUAGGAAACUCCUUAAUAUUUCUCAGGCUUUUGAAAACAUUUGAGAAAGUUUAGUGGUGAAAAAUAAUUUAUGUGUAAUAAAUGAUACUGAAAAAUAUUAGACCCCUCAUCUUUUACAAAAAUACAAAGAAAGUACAUGGGACAUCAGCAUGUAGUAUAAGAAAGCUUUUUCUUUUCCCUCCAAACUUUUUGAGUUGUGCGGACUCACAGGUAUUGGAAAGUCCCCACUGAUUACCUCCCCUGAAAUGUGAGGAACCGUAUAUGAUUAAAAUUAUACAUAUAAAAUGAAGAGCAUGUAAAUGUGUAAAAACCUUAUGGAAUUCUUACAAAGCAUGUCAUACAUGACAGUAUAGAUAUUUGAAUGAGGAAAACCUUUAGUGUCCCUUCUCACAACCCCUGUGAAACCUCACAGAGAUUCUUUAUAGGCAGGGUACCAAUUCAGUUGUAGCCCAUGGCUAUGGAUAAAUGUCAAGAUGUUACUUUGUUUCUGUUAUAAACAAGUUGUUAUUUCAAAAGCUCAUUGAUCCAUGAGUAUCUUGAAGUGUGUGUUUUUAAAAAGAUUUUAUACUACACAUUUUAAUAUAAGGUGUGCUCAUUAGAGAAGAUUUUAUUUUAAUAAAAGAUUAUGAGGAAAAUCCUAA